UCAGGCAAAGUGUUAAUCAUGUGGAUUCUUUUACUGGCAUUCUUGUCAUUUUCAAUUUUCCCUCAAAAUUCGGUUUGUACCGAAACCAAACCUCACCUUGAAGACAUCUCGAAAAGACUUCAGGAUUUAGAAAAUAAAGCUGCACACCAAGAAAGUGUUAUUGAAGAGCUACGUAAAACUAAUUCUAAACUUUGUGACUCAAACGAAGAACUACGUGAAACCAACACAGAAAUACGAAAAGCUAUUUUGGAUCUACGUGCAACCAAUGCUGGGCUAAAAGACAUAAUCAUACGAGGGGCUAUCAAAAAAUACGUAGACACUUGUAACUGACUACUGAAAUGUGGCGUUGUCUAUAAUUGAUUUGUUAAUUUGUGUUUAUUCAUGUAUAAUUUACCUAAUAUGAAAAACAAAUAAUAUAUUAUAACGUUAUAAAAAUGUGUUUCUUGUGUUUAAACG